CGGCGGCAAGGGAUUUUGGAUCCGCGUGGACGCAGUAGAAGCGAUGCAAUUUUGGCCCGGCCGGCAACCAGGCAACGAUGGCGGCACUCCCGUUUCCUCCGUUGCCAAUGACGACGACUGUGACACAAACUCAGCUUCCGAGUCGAUUGCAGAGUGUGAUCGCCGCUAUUCCUCCUCUCCCUCAGUUUUCCGGGAAUCCCUCUUUGUCCCGUUUCGUGUUGUCAUCUGUGUCGCCCGUUCGUCCGCCAGUGUCGUCGACGAUGGGGUCUUUAGCUGUGACGUUGCCGACGCCGCGCACCGGUUUAGACGCACUACUUGGUGGGGGGGAGUCAAGCGGUGGAAUAUGCGACUUCCAUUGCCCGAGUUUCAAUGCGGGAAAGGGUGCACGUGGCAUUGGAGUUCGGCGAAAGUCGGAACUGGGGGGGUGGGAGAAUCAAGGAUUGAAAGUCAAUUGUUCCACUUAAUUGUCGCGGCAGGAUUGACCUAUACCCAACUAAACAACCUCUUGACGGGCUUUGGGAUGAAGGAGGUGAGGAAAGAAACGUUCUACAAUUUCUUUCACGACGAAGGGAAAGGUUUGCGCCAGUGGCUACGUCAUGUCGAGCGUGUCACGCAGAGGAGCUUCGAUAGAGUCAUUGCUCUCUUGCGACACUCAAGGGAUCCGGUUGUCGUUCUGGUUGACGACAGGUAUGAUUCGUCCCGGGAUGCUCAGCAUUGCACGGUUUCGGCGGUGGAUUUGAAGUCCGGGAUGUUAGUGGGCACGAAAACGAUGGAGAGGGGCGGCGAGUCGUUUUGGCGGCUAGAGACGCAGUGUGUCGAAAGGCUCUUGCAACGGUUGAAGGACGAGAAAAACUUGAUAAUCGUCGAGGUCGUGCAUGACGAUUGUGGCGCUGUCGACGUAGUCCUGCGGUGCAUGAACAUUGACUCGCAGAAGUGCAUGUGGCACAAGGUGAAGGCAUUGAUAAAACGACUGCGAGAGGUCGUUCGUGCAACAAAGACUGUGAAACCGGGUGCCGUUGGCGCAUGCGCGCACGUGCGCGAGGUGAAGUGUUUCACGAAGAAGGAGCUCGGAGAAUGGCUCGAGUCGAGAGGCGUGCGCGUGGAGGCAGUGGGCGCGCAGAAGAAGGAUGAGGUCGUUGAACUGGUGUGGGUUGUGCUGUUUCCCGAUCAAGUGGCCAAACCGUUGUCGGACGACGCCAUCGAGAUCGAUGCGUUGGAGAUGCUGCACUCUCAUGCCGCGGAGGAAGCCAAAAAAUGGUUGUACGCUGCUUGCAGGCUACGCAAGAGUGCUGGGGACGACGAUGGCGAUUUGUUGGCCACACACGUGCAGCACUUGGCCAACCAUUGGGCGGGGGAUCAGUCCUUAUGCGAGAAGGAGUUGCCGAACCUGUGCAAGGCUGCUGGCGGCCAUGAACGAGCGGCCUUGUACGAAAAGGGAGGUCGAGUUCAUUCGGCGAUUUCUUGUUGUUUGCAGCAGUUCGCAUCUAAUACGAAGAUGGCCUACUACACGCGUGCCAGAAUUACCUUCAACAACAAAUGUUUCCAUUCUGUGAUCAACAAAUACGCAACGAAACGAUUGAACUUCACUAAGUCGUAUGAGGCGCGUGUUUGCUGCACAGCAUUGGAGUGGAACAAGAACAAAGCGAUUAAACCAGUACGCUCCAUUUACCGACGACCAACGAACGUGACCCACCGUCGCCGCUCCGCGAUACGGCACGUCUACGGUACACAGGACACAUCGUGGCGGUUUGAUAUCGCCGCCGAGGUCUUCGGGACAGGACGAGUGGGAGACUGGGCCCGUUAUAUGCUUCAGCAGCGUGAUGUGGAGGACCCGAUCUUCGAGACAGUGGACGAUGACGCCGACUUCGGGCUGUCGGUCGACGACGAGGACGUGGCCGCCGAUGACGGCGCGCUUCCUUCGUCACCGCCUCGUGCCGAAAGCAGCGACUGUGUUUCGUCGAACGAUGACGCUUCAUCAACGUCUGAUGCCGCAGAGGACACCCCGGGCGAUGAGUUCGUCGGCCCCGUGUUGUCGUAGGACGUGUCCGUUGCAAGAGAGUGAUUGCGUCAGGCAAGGCAGUUUGGUCC